AUGUCCGGUAUUUUGAUCUCUCUCGAUCCUGACCUCGCGCUGCUGUUUCUACGAACCUUCUGGAAGACGAUGCGACGGGAAUGGGGGGGAAUCGACUACCAUCGCCUGGAUAAAUUCUAUAUGCUCGUCCGCCUGAUCAUGCGUAACAUUCUUGAGUAUAUGGAGAAACGGGAUUGGGAGGAACAGGUGGUUUCCGAUCUUGCUGGCUGCGUCAUGCAUCAGGGGCUUUUUGCUAAGGACAAGUAUCGGGCUAUCGGUCUCGAGCUGCAUAUACUGGAUAUUUUCAACGAGGUCUUUAAAAAGUCUGGAGGGGAUGACGUCAGAGUGGUGAAGGCUGUUCUGCAAUUUUCUAAGCCAGUGGUGGGUGUGAUUCAAACGAAGGAGGACGGACGGUUGCACAAGCGAGCUCUCAGCUCCGUGUUUUCGGGACUGGCGGAAUAUUUACGGAACGAAGCGAAGGCAAACGCGAGUGAAGCUUCAUACGUCUCUGCGCUUCAAGAGGCGGCGCGCGAGAUGUCCGCGGAUCUCAAAGCAGCGCACGGCGCGGCGAAGGGGAAAAAGAAAAGCAUGCUUCGGAAAGGAGAGGUGAUUUUCACGGCGCUGCUUAACGAGCUGUCAGGCAGUGAUGCUGCGGAAGGAGGGGAAAAUGGGGAGGAGGAAGAUGGUGAUGAUAUGCAGGGUUUAGUUGAGGAUGGUGCUGAUGGCGGAAAGGACGACGCUGGUGAUGGUGAGGGAGAAGAAAUGGAAGAAGGGGAAGAGGAGGGGGGUGAAACAGGGGGACAGGGUUCAGGGGAGGGUUCAGGGGAAGGGGAGGACGGGGAAGAGGAGGAAGGAGAAGAGGAGGAAGGGGAAGAGGAGGAAGGGGAAGAGGAGGAAGGGGGAGAGGAGGAAGGGGAAGAGGAGGAAGGGGAAGCCGAGGACGGAGAAGAGGAGGACGGGGAAGAGGAGGACGCGGACGCUGAAAUGGAGCAGCAGAACAGUGCGAAGGAGGAAGAGGAUUGUGGGGAGCAUGGUGAGGAGGAAGCAGAUAAACCCAGAGGGGGUGUAAGAAAUGGAGUCGUGGCUGGUUCUGCUGAUGCGGGUGGUCAGAAACAGGCAAAUUCCACCUCCAAGCGCAAGAGACGGCAGCAGCAGGCGCAGCAGCAGCAGGAGGGCAGCGGUUCAGGCAAGAAGCGCAAGGGAAAGAAGGAUUUUGUGACGAAGGACGCAAAAACAGCCCUGCCGACGUCUGUAAAAUCAAGCAGUGUUCAGAAGGAGGGGCACCAGACUGUACAGGGACACGCAGCAGCAGCAGACGCAGCAGACGCAUCCGCAGCAAUAGCAGCAGAUUCUAUCCCUACUGCGGCAGCUACCGUACGAUCAGUGCUGGUGCACCCGCAUCUGUCCAUUAACUCCAAGACAGAAGGGCCGGGCGGCGGCGGGGCGGCAGACGAGGAGGAAGCAGACGGGUUUCGCACGCCGGAGAAGGACAUCAUAGACGCCUUCUCAUCCUCCUUUGAUUUCCCCCAGGAUCUCGCCACAGGGGCCGGGAGUGUGGGUGCUAGGAUCAUGGCUGCUGGUGAAGCCGCCGCCGCUGCUGCCACGUCAGCAGCAGAGGGUGAGGCCGGAGGAGGUCCGGUAACCCGAUCCAAGGACGGGAGAACAGACGCUGCGGCAGUUGGCGUGCAGUCAGCCCCGGCGGGCAAGGCCGGCGGCGCCGCGGGCAAGCGGAAGAAAAAGGUGAAAUUCGUUCUGAGCCGCAAUCUGGAGAUGUUCAAGGGAGGCCCGGUGCCUCCUCCUGCUGUGCGCACACCACCUGCUUCCCGCCCCAAAGGCAGUGCGCUUAAGCCCGGGACUAAGCCGGGGCCGAUCAACAUGCGCAUGCUCAUGGCGACUGCAGAUACGAGCCCGUCUCAGAUGACUGCCUCUGGGCGGAAGAAGGUGGAUAAAGCUGCCCGCUCGCCUGCCAAGUCCCCUAGUGCUGUGUCGCUGCGCCUGGUGAAUUUCCUGCAGUGA